UCUAAUUGUUAUUUUCUUUCUUCCCAAAAAAAAAAAGUCUCACUUCUCAGAAGUUAUCCCCAAGUCAGAAACAACGGCGGCGACGGAAUGUACCGAACGGCGGCGAAGCGGUUGCUGUGCAGCGCAAGGCAGUUCAACGGAAACGCUGCACUCCGGUUCCGGCGUCAUAAUGCAUUGAUAACUUAUUCUCGCUUUUCCACAACAGAGAUUAAUCAACCUUUUUCUAAUCCACACUCUAUCCAUGAUGCAAUUCCUAUUUCAACCACCGAAAUCGAAAACCCUACUCUCUAUGAUUCCACUUCUUCUUCAACUUCGUCAUCAUCGACAACCGAUGAAGAUUCACAUCGCUUCGAGUCUCCGAAAUCUAAAACCAAGUACGAGGAUGAACAUGCUCGAUUGCUUUCCGCAUCACUCGUUCACGUCAUGAAGCUGGGAUGGACAGAAACAGCGUUAAUGGCAGGAGCGAAGGAUGUUGGUCUUUCCCCUUCUAUCGUCGGAUCUUUGUCUAGGAAGGAAGCAGCAUUGGUUGAGUUUUACAUGGAUGACUGCUUACAAAGACUCAUAGAUAAAAUUGACACGGACGGAAGCUUGAAAAAUUUGACACCAAGUGACUGCAUCUCUAAGCUUAUCAGAUUUCGUCUAGAAAUGCAAGCUCCUUAUAUAUCCACAUGGCCUCAAGCUCUUAGCAUCCAGGCACAGCCGGUUAAUGUUCCCACGAGUUUUAAGCAGAGGGCAAUGCUUGUGGAUGAGAUCUGGCAUGCUGCUGGCGAUAAUGCCUCUGACUUGGAUUGGUAUGCCAAGCGCACUGUCCUUGGAGGAAUAUACUCAACAACAGAGAUUUAUAUGCUGACAGAUGGUUCUGCUGAUUUUCGGGACACAUGGGCGUUUUUGGAUGCACGAGUGAAAGAUGCAUUUGAUCUAAAGAAAACCAUUCAAGAGGCACAAUAUUUAGCAGAAGCUGUGAGCACCGGGCUGGGGAACACCUUUGAAGAGUUUGUUGGGAAAGUUUUUCGGAGAUGAAUGAAUCAUGGUGGAAAGAUGUGCAUGCGGUGUUUCAUGCAUUUGUUUAUUUAGUUACUACUACAUCUUGAUUCAAACGAAACGUUUCAAAAUAAUAUUGUAAACUUGACAGAGAUAAUUGGUUAAGUGGUUAAUAUAUUUCAUAUUACCUCAUUUAAGCUCAUAAAAGUUUGUAAAUACCAUUUGAGUCUAAUGCAAGCAAUUGCUGAACAAGUUGAGAGUUCGAAGUUCGACUCCCAAUCAUUUAAAAAAAAAA